CGAUUCAGUUCAAUUUUUGAACCGCCUCGACCGGUUAGUUCAUGCGAACCGGCUCAAAAGAAUGUUUCGUUCAAGAACCGAACAUCACUAUCCCGUAGAUCUACUUCGCUGUCUGAACUAGGUAAAAUCUAGUUAACCAUUAUUAGUGAAAUAGUGUGUUUGGCGUCCGUCUAUAGUCUCUCCACAAGUUUGAAGAGGAUAGUAAACGUCAGUUUGUGCGAGUCCUAACGUUAGUCGUCUUUGGUUCAUGUUAAUUUGAAGGACAAAUAUUUAUUUACCGACUGCGAUCUGAACGAGAACAACCCACCAUCCGGGAACUUUGUAUCUCACACAAGAAGGUCACCUGCAAAUCUCAAAAUGAACUUUCUCUUGGAGACUCUUCGGUUGAUAGUGUUAACCAUCUACUAUCACAUGGAAGCCUUCAUAAAAUUAAUCGUUCCUCAGAGAAAGAAAGACGUGUCUGGGGAGAUUGUGCUCAUUACUGGGGCAGGUAGUGGUAUUGGCAGACUGAUGGCCCUCGAGUUUGCCCCACUGGACGUCUCACUGGUGCUUUGGGACAUUAAUGUGGAUGGUUUGAAGGAAACUGCAAAGCAGGUUAAAGAAAAAGGACCAUCAAGGGUACAUUACUACCAGUGCGACUGCAGUGAUAGAGAAGUGGUCUACCAAGUGGCAGAUCAGGUAAAAAGUGAAAUUGGCGAUGUCACCAUACUAAUAAACAAUGCUGGCAUUGUCAGUGGUAAGAGGUUCAUGGACACUCCUGACGCACUUGUUGAGAAGACACUCAGAGUUAAUGCAAUGUCCCACUUUUGGACUUAUAAAGCAUUUCUGCCUGCCAUGACAGAUAAGAACCAUGGACAUCUGGUCAGUGUUGCUAGUUCUGCAGGCUUGAUAGGUGUCAAUGGACUGGCAGGUAAUGGAUUGACCUGUGUCCUCUUAUCUUUUACGCAACUGCUAUCUUGCCUGAUGAGCUUUUGGAACGGUAAAAAAUUCCUCCAGGACUUUGAGGCCAAUAAACAUGUUUGGCAGGCAUAAAUGUUUUUAAAAGUUUCGCAGCAGACAUGAAUGAACAUUCUUACUUAAUACACAACACAGUCUUUUCAUGUUUAACCCUUUUUAGCCCGAGGUGUUCCCGCAUGAAAAAAUUCAUAAUCAAAUUACUAAGCAACCCCUGAAUGGAAUAACAAAAAUUAAGUAUAAUUUUAAAGCUUAGAAUCUCAGCUUUUUAAUGAAUGUAAUUGCGCUGAGCACUGAGCAGUCCCUCUAAACUGUUUUUAUUUAUUUAUUUAUUUAUUUUUUUUAUGCCAUUUACUCUAAAGCCCUAUUCGACGGUAAUUGUUUCUGGGGG